CGUGGGCUACACUUGCAGUCAGAGGCUAAAAACAUUUUAGGCCUCUAUUAGCUUCGGAAGGAACCUCACUGCACAAACCUUAGUUUUUAUUUAAGACACUGUAUUGCCUCCGAAUGCAUAAUGAAAAACGUGCAGUCGACUGCACAUUUAGUUCAGGCUGAUGCAGCCGCUGCGUGAAGAGGAUGACGCACAACAGCAUCGGAGAUGAUCAGCACCGCUGACUCUGAGGAUGACAGCGUCGCCGCAAAAACAUCCAGCGACAAAAACACAUUGAGCGGAGAGUGAUGCCGUCGUCUGCAGCUGAACCGGGAAACGCAGAGUAAGAUGAGAUGCCCGGCCGUUUAGCGGCGAGUAUCGCUGCACCUCAUUCCGUUUUGAGGCAGACAAGGGUUGCGCAUCGUCACAAGGAGCCGUGCGGGACAUGGACCCAGCGGCUGCGGGAAUCGGGAGUGAUGGAAGCCCGACAGAGGCAGCGGCCGCCGGAUCCAGUCUGCAACUUGACUUUGGGGACACCGAUUCAACCGAGAAGGCUCAAAUAACAGAGAUGCCUUCCCUGUUUGGAACAGAACAAAGUCGUGAGAAGAAGAUCGGCCACAGGAGAGUAGAUGCCCAUGGAGAGACAACAUAUAAAAAAACCACCUCUUCUGCCUUGAAAGGGGCAAUCCAGUUGGGGAUCGGAUAUACCGUUGGCAACCUCAGCUCCAAGCCUGAGAGAGAUGUCCUCAUGCAGGAUUUCUACGUGGUGGAAAGCAUCUUCUUCCCUAGUGAAGGCAGUAACCUCACUCCAGCUCAUCACUACCCAGACUUCAGGUUCAAAACCUACGCCCCCGUGGCCUUCCGCUACUUCAGAGAGCUGUUUGGGAUCCGGCCAGAUGACUACCUGUACUCGCUGUGUAAUGAGCCACUGAUUGAGUUGAGCAAUCCGGGAGCAAGUGGCUCCAUAUUCUAUGUGACCAGUGAUGACGAGUUUAUCAUCAAAACCGUCCUGCACAAGGAGGCAGAGUUUCUGCAGAAAUUGCUCCCUGGAUAUUACAUGAACUUGAACCAGAACCCCCGCACUUUGCUGCCCAAGUUUUUUGGCCUUUACUGCGUCCAGAGUGGUGGCAAAAACAUUCGAAUAAUUGUGAUGAACAAUAUAUUGCCACGCUCAGUUCGCAUGCACCUCAAAUUCGACCUCAAGGGCUCGACAUACAAGAGGCAAGCAUCCAAGAAAGAAAGGGAGAAGUCCAAGCCCACGUUUAAAGACCUGGAUUUUCUGACUGAUGUUCCUGAGGGCCUCACUUUGGAUCAGGAAAUGUACAACGCUUUGGUCAAAACACUGCAACGGGACUGCCUGGUUCUGGAAAGUUUUAAGAUCAUGGAUUACAGUUUGCUGCUUGGCGUUCACAACCAAACCCUGGCAGAGAAAGAAAAUCAGUCCCAGGGCUCACCAGCAGGAGGCGGCGAUGAGAAGAAGCCUGCAGGACAGAGGGCUCUCUAUUCCACCGCUAUGGAGUCCAUACAGGGCGGGUCCACAUGCAGGGACGCAAUGGAACAUGAUGACACUAUGGGAGGUAUCCCAGCAAUGGGAAGUAAAGGAGAGCGCCUCCUGCUGUUCAUUGGGAUUAUUGACAUUCUGCAGUCCUACAGACUGAUUAAAAAACUGGAACACUCCUGGAAGUCUCUCAUCCAUGAUGGAGACACGGUGUCGGUCCACAGACCUAGUUUCUAUGCAGAGAGGUUCUUCAAGUUCUGCAGCACAGUUGUCUUCAGGAAAAGCUGCUCAUUACGACCAUCUCCAUCUAAGAGAGGUCGAGGGGCCCUCUCAGGAUCCAAGUACGGUGCCGGACAGCGCCCCUCACUGACUGAUGAAAGACAGGAAAACCUGGAGAACUUGGAGAACCUCAGAGGAGCCCACAGCUUUUCUAUUCUGGAAGAGAAUGGUAAAGAGCCGCCCUGCACCCCUCCGUCAUUUGAAGACGCAACGACAGCAUCUAUUGCAACCACGCUGUCAUCUAACAACUCUUUACCAACCACCCCAUUUGAUACUCCAGAACAUCCACGCCCCAGAAGACAAAUGCAUUCACCAAACAUAGUCAGAUCACAAAAAGAGCUGGUUGAGGUUCACGGCGAACGUCAGGACACUAUAACUGUGGAGGUGGAGCUGAGCAAGAUCCCGCAGAGUACGGAGCUGACGCAGAGGACAGAAAUCAUGUCUUCCAGCCAACAAACACUCAGUCAUCAAAUUUGUACAGUAGCUUCGUCCGCCCCCAGCUCUACAUGUUCAUCCUCUGCAUAUUCCUCCACUACUCUUCCUCCUUCCUUUGCGUCAUCCUCCUCUGCUCAAUGUGCUGCCCAGUCAUCCUCUACGCUUUCUUCAUCCAUCCGUCCGUCCACCAAACCGCUCACCUCUCCAGGAACCGCUCAGGCUUUAACUCUCUCCUCUCUGAUCUCUGACUCAAAUGCAAAAUCUGUUCAGCUCACCGGUUUGUCUCCGAACGCCUCCACCCUCACUCCUGCCUCAGCGUUCACCCCCAUUCACCCCGCAUCCGCUAGCUCCUCUCAGCAUUUUCCCUCCGCUCCUCCCUCUUCAGCCCCUUCAAGCCCCCACUUGCCUCAGGAAGAACCGCGUACUUCACAAAAGCAGCUUUCGGUGUCCAGCAGCCACAGCUCCUUGGAAGCGGAGGUGCAGGUCUCUGACAUUUACUUUACUCAGGAGGACCAGAGCUGUGUUUUCUCUCCUUUCCACUGCAGCUCUGAGUCCAGAAGAGACUCAGAUGUGGACAGUGAAACAUAAUUUCAGUCAAAGACAGCGGCAGUGGGUGGAGCCAGAGGCUUUCUCCUUACACAAAAGCUGGGAGGGUGUAAUGAUAAAGGCAGCAGGACACUGAUGAUUUACUGCUGGCUGCUGAAGCUGCAUGUAAGAGUCUGCUUUGCUUAUAGUAAAUCUUAUUACCUGGCAUUCAGCUGAAAGAAUGCAGCUUUGCAUUAUGCAUUUGAACCACUGUACAGAGAGAUUUACUGCUAAUCUAGUGGGAGUCUGUUAUGUACAAUUUGUUCAUACAGAAGUGGAGAAACGUAUGAAUCUUACAGUACAAUCAGCUUAGUAGCACUGUGAACAAUUUUGGUAAUUGUGAUUAAGCUCUUAAUGCUUUUAACAGGAUAAUCAUUGUCAAGAUUCAAACGUCGAUUUAAAUCCCACGACAUAAAUAUUGUGUCAAUUAAUUUAAAUUUAAUUUCAGUGCAAACCCCACUGUUAUUAUUAUUCUUUUAAAAGCCAAAAGUCUGUGUAUAAGUAACAGCUUGGUUGCAGAGGGAGCAGCCGAAGCGAGGUGAAUCAAACAUUCCUUUCCCCAGCUCUGCCUAUGCAAUAUGUGUUAUCGAUUCCUCCUAUUGACUCACUUGUAAUUAGCCUGGACUUCAUUGUGCAUUUGUUUUAACUAGAGGGGAAUCAGCUCUGUAUAAUUUGAUUUUAGCACUUUAACUAUGUCUAUGAUUGAUCUUAGCACACACACUCAGACACAGUGAAUACCCUUCGCAUACAGUGGUCCUCCAGCGGUGUGUAGUGGCUCAGUCAAAGAAAAAAAAACAAACAAAAAAACGAUCUGGAAGCAAGUGGUUUUAUUCAAAAUGCCUUAUCAACUAA